AUGAGGUUGACCACCCUCUACGUGCUCUUCAUCUGCGCUUCGCUGACGGCUCAAAAGGCGCUGACCGAUCCCAUUGCAUCGGAGCUUGGGACGAGUCAAGGACCAGCUGCUCGUGGGGUGCCGGAAGCUCGCGGCUCGUUUUCCUUUUCGGCGUUUUUCGAGUGGUUGGCCAACAUCUUCAAGUCCUCGCGGCUGAAGGAACUCGAGAACAAACUCGUGCCCGUGGAAUCGCAUCUCGACGCACUCCUCUAUGUCGAUAUUAGGGCCAAGAUCGAGGAGAUGAGAUCCCGCUUGGACGUCUCCUUCCUUCCGCUAACGGGGGAGUAUAGCUCCGUGAAACUUGUAGAGCUCGAUCACCACGCUUGCGAACUCUUCAAGAGCCAUGAGUUCCGCGCUGUCUAUCAAAAGCUCAGCUCAUUGAAGGAUGUAGACGCAGACGCUGCGAUGUAUGACUUCUUGGUCCUCGAGUUUGACAAGGUAAAGACAGCACAAUUGCUGUGGCUCGGGGCAGUGUCGGGGAGGGGAAACCCUCAAAAUUGGGCUAGACUCGUGGAGAAUGCUCAGUAUCGUAAAUGGAUGGAAAGCGAGCGCAUCUUUAGACCUCGUGAAGUUUCGACGUUCCUGGGGGUUAAAACGAAGGACGAACAUGGUCGUGUCAUAAAGAGCAAUGCUGUACUGGUCACACUCUCGUUGCGCUACUGGGAUUUCGCUCGAAAAGAUUAUGAAGUUUCGAUGAAAGCGAGCUUGAAGUAA